AUGGUUAGUCUGGAGACCAAGGCGUCUCAGCUGAUAGCAGAAGCAGAAAAGAAACUAACCCCAUUUAGUAUCUUCAACAUCUUCUUCAACAAGUCUGGUAAGUACGAACAAGCUGGCGAAUGCUACCAGAGGGCUGCGAAUCUAUUGAAAGGCUCCAAGAACUGGCCUAAGGCUGCUGCCUGCUUUGCAAGAUGCGCAGAGAUCCACCAGGAGAUCAACAAUCAGUACGACGCCGCUUUGAACUUCUCUCAAGCUGCCAGUUGUUAUAAGAAGUGCGAUUCUCGAACUGCAAUAGCUUGCUUGGAGAAGGCUAUCGAGGUUCUUACCGACAUAGGAAGGUUCUCCAUGGCAGCGAAGCACCACCAGACCAUAGCAGAAAUAUACGAGCUCCAGCUCUUAGAUGUCAAAAACGCAGUGUGCCACUUUGAGCAGGCCAGUGAGUACUUCAGGAUGGAGGACAACAAUGUUUCCGCAGAAGCGUGCUUGCUGAAGGUGGCCCAUUACAGCGCCAUCUUCGAGGACUACCAGAAGGCCAUCGAGAUCUACCAGCAGGUAGCUUUGGUGCAUAUCGGAGCAACCUUGCUGAGGUACAACGUGCAGGUCUACCUGUUCAAGGCUGCACUUUGCCACCUUUGUGCAGAUCUUCUUAGCGGGAAACACGUGAUCCGGAAGUAUGUGGAGCUGUUUCCGAUGUUUGAAGACACGGUGGAGGGCAGAUUUUUGGCGGAGAUUGUGGACAGGAUCGAUGAGGAUGAUCUAAAUGGUUUCUUGGUCGUCAGGUUGGAUUUUACGUCGAAGUUUAGGUGUGACGAGCUGAUUGUAACUUUGCUUGUGCGAAUUGAGAAGAUUCUUUGUAAUGGUGUCGAUCUGUUGUGA